AUGUUUCAAACCGUCAGCACACGCGAUUUCGCCAGCAAACGGCGAUCGGUAAAGUUAACUGCUGCCGGCGACACUGACGGCAACGGCGAAUGUCGCCGUUCAGCCCCGCGAGCGUCCACCAUUCGCGGCGGCUCUUCAGGAGAAGGACGGCGAGGAGGUAAAGGAGGAAAAUCAUCUGCGACUGACACGACGGCGACUGCGGGGAGUUCGAGCCGAGGCCGGCGCAAAUGGGCGCAGUCGGGCAGCAGCCGCGCGGCGCCAUCGACGGCGGAAGAUGCGGUGCAGGCGGAACUCGCGGCGACGCCGGGGCUGCUGGAGCCGAUGCGCGUCGAGCUGAUACCCGAGGAGGGGAAGGUGGACAGCUACCGCAUAGCGGCGGGCAUGAAAUCCCGGCACCCCCCAGGCGUGAUCUACGGCCUCCUGCGCGACUUCAAGCGCGGCCCCGCCAUCUUCCGCCACAUGGACAAGUGCUCAUCCGUGCCGCAGCCCGAUGGAAGCUUACUGGUCGUGCAGAACGUCAAGUGGCGGUUCCAGCUGUUCUCGGGGAAAUUCGACCUGGCGCUCUAUUGCCACUGCGACGACGCGACGCGCACUAUCACGUACCGACUGGCAUCUCCUGGAUUCAUGAAAGAUUUUGUCGGCACAUCAACCAUCCGCAGCCUUUCCCUCUCUCACGCCCCACCAUCCUCCUCCUCCUCCCUGCCUCUCACCGUUCCCGGCACAAGCGCUAUCAGCCGCCCCCAGCUUCUGCUACAACCAGAGCUACAGCCCCAGGCACCUCAGCCUAAGUCCUUGCACCCGGCGCUACAGAUGAAGCCGCUACAGCCGCGCCUCCCGCUACAGCAGCGGCUGCUACAGCUUCAGCAGGCGAUUCCCCUCGGCCGCUUCCCAGCUCAGCUGCUGGCGUUUGGCCGAGUGGCUGUGGGCGAGCCUCGGAUCGAAGGCGAGGGGCUAGGAGGGGGGAUUAUGGGUGGAUGGCCAAGGAUGGGUGAUGGAGCUGCUGCUGCUGUGCCCAUGGUUGCGGCAGCAGGAGCAGUAGGAGCACCAGUAGCAGCAGGAGCAGGAACAGGAGGAGCAGUAGGGAGCAUGGGAGGAGGAGCUAAAAUAGGAGGGGUCGUUCAGUGGAAGGGUGGCGUGUCUGCAGGUGGUGCUUCGGAGCUGGUGAAAUGUGGACCGUCGGAUUGUGGGUCGGAGAUCGAGAUCGUCCAGAGGGUCGAACCAUCCAACUUGCCGCUUGGUCCUUUGACCCAGUACAUAUUGGGGUACAUCAUGACGGCCCAAAUGCGAGGUCUCUUCCAUGACCUGUGUGUGGAGGCAACAAACAUUGAAGCGAGGAAUAUUGCGGAACAGGCAAGGUUAAAGUCUGUCGCCGCUGCUGCUGCUGCCAAAGCGGGUGCUGCUGGUCAGGAUAAUGCACCUCCUCCCCCGCCUCCCCCCACGUCCGAUCCCCCGUUGCCCCCUCCCCCACCCUUCCCACCCGCGCAUUCCGCGCUUCCGCCUCCCCCGCCUCCCCCAUCCGGCUCGGGGACUCUCGCGCUUCCGCCACCCCCUUCCGCCCCGCAUCCUCCGUCCGCGGAGAAGGGGCGGCAUGCGGGAGGGGAUGGGAGGAGAGACAAGCGCGGAGCUGGCGGAGAUGCGGGAGACGGGCGGAGAGAUAGGCACCAGCAUAGUCACCACUCGCAACACCACGCGGGCGGGGGGGUUGGGGGAAGCGGGGCGCUGGUCCCCGCGCGGGGUAGGGACGCGUCCGCGGGAGCAGCUGUUGGGGGAAGCGGCGCAGCAGGCGCAGCAGCAGGGGGGGCUAAGGACGAGAACCGGUUGAAACGGCCGUCGACGUUCCUGUGUAGAGUGAGGUUCACUAAUACCCUGCCUGAGCCAGCAUCGCAGCCAAAGCUGCUGCCUCUGGGGGGCGACCCACACCGCUACUCCGCCUACCACGUGUCCACUCUGGAGGCGGAUCACCGGCACCGCCUGCACGUGGAACGGGAUUUAGGGAUUCCGUUGGACCUGCUCGAUCUCUCCGCCUACUGCGCCCCGCCUCCCUCUCAGCGCCCCCCGUUGCACCCAGCAGACGCGGAACUCCUGAGGGACGACGAUGCGAGUGUCAAGCACAGGGAGGGCGCGGGGGCAGCAGCAGGGGGGGCGGGCGCUCUGCGAGUGAAGGAGAGGCCCACAGAUGCGGGGUUGAGCUGGCUUGUGCACACUCAGUACAUCUCCGCUGCUGGCUCUGGCAGUGCUCCCAAGAAGAGGGUGCUUAAUGAAAAGGAGGCAAAGCUGCUGGCCCUGCAGCUGGAGUUGGCAGAUGAGCAGAUGUACAGUACAAGGGAGGGGCAGAUCCGGUACAUCGAGGAAUCGUUUCAGGCUGCCCAGAAGCCGCCCGUGCACCCGUCGAACCCGAGCCUUGAAGCAGUGGAAGUGUUGCCGGUGCUGCCGCUGUUCUCCCUGGCGGGCCGCCAGUUUGUGCAUCUCGUGUUUGAUGACACUCCUCUGGCUGACUCGCCCGCUCACAUGCAUCUGAAGGAGGAACAGAAGAAAGAAAUGGAGGCCCGGGCGAUAAUGAAGAAUUUCAAGGUGGCAGCACCAGGGGGAGGGGAACCACAGUCGUUCGUGGCAUACAUGGUUCCCAACAAGCGAGAGCUGGAGAGGAAGCUGAGGGAGGGGGAGAGUGCACGGUACGACUGGGUUCGAGAAUACCACUGGAAGGUGGCCAAGGGGGAGCAAGGGCGAGGAACCUUCCUCUUCUGUUUCAACAAGGACAGUGUGACUUACCUGCCCAUCAACACGAAGCUCACAGUGGCAAAGAGAAAGGCCAAGGAGGGAGGCAAGGCGAAGGGCGAGGAGGGAGAGCGAGUGGAGCUGCCCGUUCCCUCCAAGCUGGAAGAGGUGGGAGAGGUGAGAGAGGUGGGAGAGGAGGGAGAGGUGGGAGAGGUGGAAGAGGAGGGAGAGGUGGGAGAGGAGGGAGAGAUGAGAGGGAUGGGAGCGAGGAGAGGAAGAGACGAGGAGGAUGAAGAUGAGGAGGAGAGGAGGGAGAAGAGGCGGAGGUAUGAUGGUGAGGAGAGAGAAGGGAGGGGAGAGAGAGCGGGGAGGGGGGAGAGGGGUGGUGGUGGAAGGGCGGCUGGAAGUGAGGAUGAGGGAGAUUGGCACAGGAGGCAGUGGGAGCAUAGGGCAGACAGUGGCAGUGGUGACGGAAGGGGUGGGAGGGGUGAUGGUGGGGAUGGGGGCAACAGUGAGAGUGAGAGUGAGAGGAGGGGGAGAGGGGAUGAGGAUGAGCGAUGA